GACCUCAGGGCCAGGCGCGUCAGUCGGAGCGCAAUUGUUGAUCAGAUCACAUCCAGCGGACUUUGCGCAAGAGAAAAAAAAAAGAGAGAGGAAGCCGAGAUUUAGCAGCGGUUUGUUCAGACUGCAUACCUCUGUAUGCCUGUAGUAGCUGCCACUUUGGCUUAAACACUUUCCCUUUACUCCUCUGGGUUCUUUUCCCCUUUUUUUUCCUCCUCCUUCCUCGCACACUUUUUUACGCACAGUUUGUUGGACAAUCGAGCUGUGCGACAGUCGAGGGGUGGAGAUGUCUUUCCCGCAGUUAGGCUAUCCGCAAUACUUAAGUGCCUCCCAGGCGGUGUACGGGAGCGAGAGACCGGGAGUGCUUACGCCAACGUCCCGGGGAGGGAGCACCGAAAUCGGAGGAAGUCCGUCCGCCACCGCAGCUGCCGUCACGUCGGUGCUGGGCAUGUACGCCAACCCGUAUGCGCACAACUACAGCGCUUUCUUACCCUACACCAGCGCCGACUUGGCUCUUUUCUCGCAAAUGGGGUCCCAGUAUGAGCUUAAGGACAGCCCUGGCGUUCAUCCGGCCAGCUUUGCAGCGCACACAUCUCCUGCCUUUUAUCCAUACGGCCAGUUUCAGUAUGGGGACCCUGCCAGACCCAAGAACGCAACCCGGGAGAGCACCAGCACCCUAAAAGCCUGGCUCAACGAGCACAGGAAGAAUCCUUACCCGACCAAAGGGGAGAAGAUCAUGCUGGCGAUCAUCACCAAAAUGACGCUGACGCAGGUGUCCACAUGGUUCGCCAACGCGAGGAGGAGGCUCAAGAAGGAGAACAAGGUGACUUGGGGAAGCAGGAGCAAAGAGGACGGGGAGGACGGUAAUUUGUUCGGCAGUGGAGAUGAGGCGGAAAAAAACGAAGACGAGGAGGAGAUUGAUUUGGAAAGCAUAGAUAUAGACAAAAUCGACGACAACGACGGGGAUCAAAGCAAUGAGGAUGACGACGAUAAAUCAACCGAGGGAAGCAGGGACCACAGGGGCGGCGUCGGUGCGCCUGGAGAGUUAGACAGCUUGGAGAAAAGACGGGCCUUCGCUCUGCAGGCCCACGAGGCCUUUGAAAAAUCUAAGAGCACAAUUUCAGUUCACACAGGGGGUAAAGAGAACUCGGAUGGCAACAACAACACCACAAGAGUUUUGUCCCCGGACAGACCUGGGAGUUUUCCUCUUCCGUCUAACAAUAAACCCAAAAUAUGGUCUUUAGCAGAAACCGCUACAAGUCCUGAUAGUUCAUCUCAGAAACCCACUUCCCCUUGUGGCCCAGGGGCCACCACUCACCCAUCAGCACCCCACCAUCAGAUCCAGACCCAUCCUGCCUUCCUCCCCAGUCAUGGACUGUACACUUGCCAGAUUGGAAAGUUCCACAAUUGGACAAAUGGGGCUUUCCUGAGCCAGAACUCCCUGCUGAAUGUAAGAUCGUUUUUGGGAGUAAACCAGCACCAUCACCAUCAUUUGCCGACCCAGCAGCAGCAGCAGCCAACAUCAGUGGUGGUGUCGCCGGUAGCAGCCUCAGCAGCGCUCAGCAAUGACAGCAAGGCCCCACCAGAGACCCACAGUCCCAAGCAUAUAGAUCAUGAAAACGGUGUAAGAUCUGAUUCACCUCCAACGCAGACCCUGAAGUCGUCUUUUCGUCCCAUUCAUGACAGAUCCUCUCUGCCUUCCAGCGCCAGGAGUCCACAAGACGCCACGCAACGGGUCCUCACUGCUCUCUCCUCCGCUUGAUCAAGACUUUUUAUCCGUGCUUGAAAAAAAAGAAAAGAAAAAAAAGAAAGAAAGAAAUAAGAGAAAAAAAAUACAGAUUAAGG